AUGUUAAAAAGAAGGGCCAAGAGCAUCUACCGAUAUCACAUGGUCGGAUUCAACUUUGGGACCGUCCGAUCAGCAGAUGUUCCAAAGGACCGACAGAGGGUAAUUAAAGAAUUCAUCAGCCAGGCAUCUGGUAUCCAGGUUCUGGUUGCCAAUGUCAGCACCUUGGCCUUAGGUGUCAACCUGCACGCCUGCUGCAGCUAUGGGGUGUUUGUCUGGUUGGCUCCCACGGCGCAGACAAUGAGGCAGAUCAUCAGCCUCGUCCGAUUCAACCAAAUGCGAGUGGUGAACUGGAUCCUGAUUCGCCUCAUGUACUCAUACAAUGACUACCAGGAGCGGUCUGUUUGUGGGAAAUGGCUCGACAGAUCGCCGCCGGGACAGAAGGACACGCGACAGGACGAACAUAUGCUCCUCGCAAGAAGACGAUGGAAAAGUACCAGAGGCUGCUAA